ACAGUACCUGAAGGCAGCAUGAGUUCGAAAAGUAUGGCGGCGGAGAGUUUGACAACCAUAACAGAGCAAUGGAUACGGGAGAGAUUACAAUUAAAACAUCCCUAUCUUGGUGAUGUCCGCUCACUGAGCCUCCCGGGGACGUAUGAGGAGAAGAUCAGACAUCUGGGAAAUGCUCUGAAUAACUUUGUCCGUCUGAAGUCUCUGGACCUCUCCUGCAACGCUAUCGUCUGCAUUGAGGGGGUUCAACAUUUGAAAGUGCUUGAGAGGCUGAUCCUGUACUAUAACCGCAUUCCUUCCCUUGAAGAGGUGAACGGGGUGUACGAGCUGCCAGCUUUGAGAGAGCUGGACCUCAGACUCAACCCUCUGACUAAAAGUUACCCACAAUACCGCCCUUUCCUGGUGCAUGCCAUGCCCAACCUACGCAAACUAGACAGCUGUCCAAUCAGAGACACAGAGCGCAAAGUUGCCAUAAUGCAGUUCUCCUCUGACCUUCUACCUCAGCAGAAGAGCUCCUCUUUAAAUCAGGUUGCUGAGCAAAGAAGCAGUGAUCAGAGACUGGCUUUGGUUGACCGCUUAACCAGGAGGCUCUCUCUCCUGACGGACACCGAUGAUAUUGUGUUGAAUUUUGUUGCGAGGAAUCAUGAAGGGCAAAGUGACACUCAGUCCCUCUCGGUUCACGAGGCAGAAGAAUCAAACAACGAAUCCAAUGAUUUUACAGAACUGAGGAGUUCUACUCCAAAACAGGAAUGGGCUAAAUCCAUCCUCAGGAAUUCCCCUACAAAUUAUGAUAACACAGAGUCCAAAGUGCCCCACGUGAAAGAACCAUCUCAUAAAAGAAGCUCUUCCACAUUUAAAGUGACUGAAAGACCAAAGGUGUCCUUUGGCCCCUAUGUAGAGAAACACAGACCUGUGUCUGGAAAGCAAAAGGACUUCGCCAAGCACACCAGGCAAGCAGCAAAGGGACAUUAUACCCCUAAUCCUGAUCCAAGUCAUCGUCAUAGUUCCUCAUUAGUUAAUAUCCGGCCUCCCAGUCCACGUGGUCCUGGUUUGAAUUUGUCUGACCCCUCCAACCCCAUCUUACAUCCUCCAAGACUGACCUACUCUAGCUUCAAUAAGACAGAAGGGGAAUCCAGCAUGCAGCCGCAAGGGGAGAAGAAAAAAAGGGGUGGUUAUAGGAAACCUCUGGAGAUGCUCCUCAACCUCGUGGACAAACACUGGACUGGAGAGCGGUCGCUGCAUCAUAACAACAACUUCCUGUCUCAGGCAGUCCAGAUCCUCUCCAUGAUGGAAAACGAUAUUUCCAGUCGGGAGGCAGAGGUCAGGACCUUAAGAAGGGAAACUGAUGCACUGAGCUUUCAAGCGGCUGCACGUGAGGAGGAGCACAAAACUGAAGUCCGUAACCUCUCCGAUCAGCUGGAGGAAUCUCGCAGUGCAGUUGCCAAACUUAACGAGCAGCUGAGGAUUGUCUUGGAGGAAAAUGUCGGCCUACAGAAACAGCUCAUCAAGUUAGAACGACAGUAUCUGAAGUCCAUGAUGAAAAGUUCACCAAUCUCUCAGAUUAAAGAGGCCCAGACUGAAGUGGAGGAGCUGAGGAAAGAAAUCGAGGGGUUGAAGGAGAAAGUGCAUGAGUCUGAGAAAGUCAAGGAGUCAAAUAUGUUGCAUGAAAGCCACCGGUCUCUGGUGGCUACCAACGAGUGUUUGCUAGCUGAGCUGAAGGGAAGUGGAGAACUUUAAAGAGGAAUGCACAGUGGGAUAGACAUUUCAAAGCAAGACUUUGCUGAGCGUCAUAUUAGCAUUGCAUUCACUGUACAAGCCCCUGCAGCUACAGACUAUUUUUUAAAGCUUUUUUUUUUUUUACUUCAUAUCCUUUUUAAUAUGUGUGUAUUAAGUUCCAAGCCCUUUUGAAAAAAAAAAAAUGUGUUUAUUAUUUAAACAAAAAUCUGUAUAGGCUGUGUUUGCUUGAUGUAAACAGUAAUGGGCAAAGGCAAUUCAUCCAAGGAAGUUUGUGUAUAAGUGUGUGACAGGGCUGUUAUGUUAAAUGGUUUUAAGGGGGAAAAUGUUAGUGAGAAGGUCAUAAUGUAUUUCCUGGAUCAGUAGCAAGAUUGUGUCUCUCUGCUUUUCCCCUUUUUCUUUUUUGUAGGUCGCUUGUCUUCUUCUGCUUUGUACGCUGCAGUGGAAUGAAUGCAUCUAGAUUCCA